AUGCCCUACGAAUCGCAAUACUUCACAACAGUGCCGGAGACUCCGCUGUUCUGGAGGAAUGCACGAGACAUGUUGCGCGAACGAGCCCCAGAUGGCGUCGACCUAGCGAGGGUCAUUGCGUUUGACUUGGAGUUUGUCCGUGUUGAAAGACCGGAUGGCACCCAAGGAAGCACCCCCGCACAAAUUGCCAUAUGCAACGGCUAUGGUGAUUUUACUGUGGUGCAUAUCAAUCUGCCAGACGACUGCAAACUUCAUGCUUGGAACUCGCAGUACAAUGGCCUAUCAGCCGAUGUCUUCUGGGCUCCGGGAGUCAAAUGGCUUGAUCUUGGUUCCACAUCCCGCUGGGUCCAAGCAACAAUGCAUGCUGCAGACUUCAUAUUUCUUUGGGGUGGCCACAAUGACUUGAAAUCGCUGAACAUCACCGCCCCAUGGCACAAAACGCAUGACCUAUCCGAGUCGCCACACCUGCAAGACUUGCUGGGUUGCUUGGAGAAUAACAGGCCUAUUGGUCUGAAUUGGGCUGUCCAAUCACUCUUUGGCUGGGUGAUACAAGGCUCAGUGACUCAACGCUUCCGUAAUCCUUGGGGCGGCGAAUACAUGCGGACUUAUCUGCCCACAGGUCAGCCCAUUCCACGGCCUGAACUUGAAGCAUCAGCACAUAAUGUAUCCCAGUCAAAAGACGCCUUAUCAACCAUGGCAGUAGGACUUAUCCUUUUGCCGACUUUCUUCAACGCAAGAAUGAAAGGCCUUAGGACACAUUCACCUUGGAUGUGCGGCAUCCGUGCUAUGACCCAUAUCGAGCACAUUUCCCCUGCCUCUGAGGAUCUUCCGCGCGGUACCGACGACUCCCCCCUUGCCCCUCUCAUUGCUCCACCCUCAGGGCCACGUCCCCGCUUGCCUCCCCGGAAAAACAAGCCUCCAUCAGCAGACUUUGACAUCGAAGGUCCUUGCAUUUGCUGUGUCGGUUUGAUCGAUCUCGCAGAGGAGAUGGGUAAAUUGGCAGUCUAUAUAGAAGCGCUUGGCUUUCGUGUGCGUGGGAUAAUGGGGAACAAGUUGCAAAUCUCAAUUUGGUUGGAAGACGCGGGUGACACCGAACAUGCAACCAUGGCUUUGAACGCCCCUGCUACCGCAUUCUCAAACCACUGGCAAACUAUGCGAACAUUUCCCGACAAUCCCCUGCCAUCGAUCUCAUUCCUCCUGGCUGAUGACCUGCUUGUCCACUCCCUGGCUGACUGCGAAACAUAUGCCAAAGCUGCCGCCGAACGUGUCGAACAACUGUCUUCUCGCGCCACACAAAAGUCUUCCCACUCUGCACCACCACGCUCAUCGACCAACCCUAGACGCCUGACCACCCCUCCAUCCUCACUCCCGCCCCAAGACCUUUUCUACCUCUGCCACUGUAUGACUGCCCCCAAUCCCUCACAGCCACUUUCCUGGGGUUUACCCUGGGGAGGUUCCCAACCUCAGCAACUACCUAAUCCUCGUUGGGGAUUUCAAGAGCAGAGGCGAAUACCAUGCUCAGACCAUCCAGCCUAUGAUCCUACUUCAGGUGGGAGAGUUUGGCUAUACUUCAGAAGCGAAACGGACGACCCCCAGCAACCAUUUGAUCAAAAGGAUGGGCUUGAAAUUGAUUGGUUGUUCAAUUCCGCAUUGGUGAGACGCUUUCAACUCAAAACCAUGGAUGGUAUGUUGCCAUUCAAGAAGAGCCGUACUGGGGGUAUAGCGAACAUUGGCAUGGGGGCAGGGGGGAGUGUAACAGCGACGAAGAGACAGCGAAUAGUGCAACUCGAAGAUUUCUGGCGGCUUUAUAAAAUCAUUGGUUCCGACCUAUGCCCACCAUCAGGCAAACGCGGCGGACCGAUCGUACGCUUCAAUCGAUGUUGUCACGCCCUGCGUAUGCUGAGGGAUGACGCUGAUGGUUCUCGUAGGGAGUUGGCUCUGGAGCGUUUGCGAGAAACUAGAGCCCGGUAUAAGAACGAGGGGUUUGCGGUAGGAGAGUGGCAGUGCAAUGAGUAUGAGAAGGCCAUUGAGGGCCAAUGUGGAGUAUGGUGGCCCACUUCAACUCCUGUCGCAACAAGAGCGGAGGCCAUGUUGUUGUACGAGGAACGUAUGACCGAAGAGGUACGUUCGGAGGUAUUUGCUGACGAAGAAGAAGUCGAGGAGCGUAUGGAAGAUGAGGAAGGGCAGGGGGUAGAGGUUCUCAUGCCAACUGGAGUUGCUACAGAGAUAUUUGGAGAGCAGCAUAUCAAAACCAUCAUACCAUCGGCCAAUUUGAAUGCGGACAACAUGUGGGGAGAUGUUUGGUCCUCGAUGUCCGCUGUCGAUGACGAUGACGCUGCCAACUGCGGUACGUCCGAGCUGGUCGAUAUCUUCACUGCUAGGCUGGCUGCAACGUCGCCAACCCUUCCCACUCCUGAUCCCCGUUCGGCCUCAACACACGCACAGCUUCAAGGCCCAGCUCAAAAAGAGCCCGGAUCUUCCUCUCACUCUCGCAGUCAAAGACGAGCAUACAAGAAGAGACAGGACAGACUUGCUGAUCAAACGGCUUACGAGAACUCACUGGAGUCGGCAGUUCCUUUACUGUUGGGCUUGGACGAGCGAGACACUUCGAAGCGACACGUUUUUCAUCACUUUUGUGAACCUGACCAACGCCGUCUUGCCUGUGUCAACGCGAUCAUUGAAGGCAACUACCAAGACCCCGAUCGAAAGGGAUUUAUCUCCUUUCCCCAAGUGCUUUCGGCGGUUAAAAAAUCUAGCUGUCCUCCCUUCGUCCGCCUGCGAUCCGGUUACAACAUACUCAUGUGUGAUGGACCUAAGGGCAAGGAAGUGUUUGGUAUUGUCUGCUUCCGAACGCUCUCGAAUUUGUCGCCUAACGACCGUUUAAAGGUGCUUCACGUCAUGCGAACUCUAGACAAGGUGACGCGGAUUCAGAACAAUGUCAUUGCUUCCAAUGGAGCCUCUCAUGCGAAAGACAACUCCAGCAAAUACUAUGGUAUCAUGACCGCUUAUGGAUGGCGAAACGCUCGCAAACCAGGCGAAACAAUUGCUACGUAUUUACCACAGAACAGUAAGGUCGAUGCAAGGGAGGAGUUGGACAAAGAGAUUCCCGAGGUGGCAAGUUACUUCCAAAGUGCUUUCAAUACACUGUUCCCUCUCGGUUUGAAGGCUACGAAUACCCACGCCAUCGAACAUAACAUCCUCCCAUUCCAUGUCAAGGAUGUCAAGUCUGCAGAACGUGGGUCAAAUUCCUUAACUGUGACCCGAAAAGGCUUCUCCAACAUUCCCCACAAUGAUCGUGAUACCUCGCCUUACAACUUUGGCAUGUUCUUCGCCGGCAAGGUCGUCGACGGUGCCUUUGACUCCUUGUCAGGAGUCAGCAAACUCAUAAGAGGAGGGGAGUUCUGGUGGCCGGAGCUUGGGGUGAUAGUGGAGCAUUCACCGGCAGAUGAUGGCUGGGCGGAAGUGAUUUGGAGGGGACAUAGGGACCUCCACGGUACAUUGGCGUGUUGGUCGACAGAUGACGGUUUCAACAGGGCCGACCGAUGGGGCUCUUCCCUGCAGAUAACCCAAAGGUUUGAAAGAGGUGUGGCGCGCUUGCUGGCAAACGCUGGGGGACCCAACGGCAGAGAAUGA